UCUAAUAUGGCGGACACCUGUUGUCAGUUUUGUGUUUGUAAUUCGAAUCUUUUCACAUUAUGGGGGAUCGCGACUUUGAACUUGCGCGCAAGUUACAAGAACAAUUCGAUAGAGAAGCGGCUAAUAACAUUGUCUCGCCGCCAUCUUCACCAAGGGCACCGGUUCCCUCUAAAUCACCAUUAUCAAUUGUUGACCAAACUUGGGAGCUGACAGAUCCUAACCCGGACAUCAGAGCUUUAUUCCUGCAGUACAACGAUCGCUUUUUCUGGGGUAGAUUAGCUGGAAUUGAGGUCAAAUGGAGCCCAAGAAUGACUUUGUGUGCUGGAUUGUGUGUGUAUGAAAGACGUGGAGGACUGUGCUCUGUUCGGUUGAGUUUGCCGCUUUUGAAACUGAGACCGAGGAAAGACCUGGUUGAAACAUUACUGCAUGAGAUGAUUCACGCGUACCUGUUCGUCACCAACAAUGAUAAGGAUCAUGAUGGCCAUGGCCCUGAGUUCCAGAAACACAUGAACAGAAUCAACACGGAAACGGGGACAAAUAUCUCAAUUUAUCACACCUUCCAUGAUGAAGUAGCAGAGUAUCGGCAGCACUGGUGGCGAUGUGACGGGCCCUGUCAGAAGAGACGUCCAUAUUUUGGCUUUGUGAAGCGUGCCAUGAACCGAGCGCCCUCAUCCAGGGACCCCUGGUGGGGGGACCAUCAGAGGACGUGUGGGGGGACGUACACCAAGGUGAAGGAACCCGAGGGUUAUGGGCAGAAGAAGGGCAAGAAAGAUAAAGAAAGCAAGAAAGAAGAGGUCAUUCCUGAUAAGAAAACGGUCAAGAGUCCUGAUAUCAGAAGUUUCUGGGGUCAAGGUCAGGUGACCGGGUCAAGGGUCACAUCUGUGAAAAAGCCUCCCUCAAGUACAGUGACAUCUUCCAGUCAGUUCUCUUCCAAUGAUGAUUCUCAACUUCCUCGUCUUCCACCCAAUUUUGGAAGUAUGAAGUCAUCUACAGAAACAAACCCAAACCAAAGCAAAAGUUCACAUGUCUUCACAGAUAUAAAUGGUGCUGGAUCACUUAAUAACAGAUCAAGCUCCGUUGUCAUGCCAACCAGGGAACCAAAGCCUUCAGUCAACAGAGACAAAGAAUUGUUUGAAAAGCAUGAAGGAGAUGUGUCACAAAGGGUGAAACAAACCCCUGUUCUUGGUAAUUCCAGAAUACCAAGUCGAACAACAGGGGUUUUGGUAAAAACUAUUUGGGACCAAACCACAAGCCCCAACCCAAGUAAGAAGCCUGGCCCAAUUUCUGAUGGGGGACCUCAGAUAUGUGAUAUUAAUUCUGUCGGCACUAAUGAUAGUGGGCCAAGCAAUGUUAAAUUCUCAGGUCAAGGUCAUGUCCUUGGCGCUGAACGAGGUCAAGGAACUAGUUUUCUUGCACAACUUCGACGAGAGAUGAACAACAGGAGAACCAACAAUUCACCACAAACUGGCUCUAAUACAAAUAGAAAGAAAUCUGUCAGUCCAGGGGAAAAGUAUGUCAGUAAAAUUAAAUCACCAAGUUUUCACAAUACAAUUAGUCCAGUCAAGUCCAUCAAAGAGUGGUUUGGAACUGAAGCUAAAAUGACCUCUCCCAACUCUCCCAAACAAGGCAGCUCAACAAGUAAGGUGAAUGAGAACAGUUCUUCAUCAAAAUCUCCAUGGGGCAAAGAAACAUCAUCUUUUAUUCCACAUCAUCAAAAGUCACCAGACAAUCACAAAAAACGCAAAUCAGUGUGUGUUUCAGAUGACAGCGACAUUUCAAGUCCAAUAAAAUCACUAUUCAAAAAGGUUAAUCCAGCUUCUAAUUUCACAUCUCCACCCUAUAGAAGAAUAUCCUUGUACAAUAACACUACCCCAACCAAAAGUAGUCCCAAUCAAAAUGACCUUGACUGUGAUGUGGGGAAUAGUCAAUCUUCUCUGAAUGAACACAUAUCGAGGUCAAAGAAAGCUGGUACUGGCUCCAAGCGAAACAAUUCCUCCAGUUCCAAUGAUGUGCCCAGUAAAAGUAAAAAAGGAAAUGUGAACAGAAUGAGUUCAUGGACAAGGAGGCCACAAUACUCUUCCUCUGACGAUAGUGACAUUGAAGAAAUACUACCGCCAACCAAGAAAUAUAAGGUUGGGAGCCAUGACAGUGGAGAUUCUUACCAGGUGAAAAAUACAGAUAGGGUCAAUAAAGUCAAGCACAAAGGUGGCUCUGCAAGUGCUGGAAAGGCCGUGGGAAAGAAAAAAUCAGGAAAUGUUAAAGAACAAGGUGGUUUCAGUAGUCGAGGAGAUGGGGGAGGCAGCCAUACUUCAAGUAGUGCAGGUUUAGAUCAAGGGGGAGAUAACUCUAGUAGCACCAGUUCACAAGAUCCACUACAGAAUUGUCCAGUGUGCCAAACUCGGGUGUUCGCCUCACAGAUGAAUGUCCACCUAGAUCAGUGCCUUACAUUUGCCUGACUUUUCAGAAAUAUAUGCAUACUUUUUUCCAUAUUUCAGGAGAAUCGUUUUCUAUUUCACUUUUUCUAUUUUCUAUUUUGCUGGUAUAAACACAGUAGGCACAUUCUUAUUAGGGCUGGGACGAGUCCCAAUUUACUACCCGAGUACCCAUGCCCCUAUUACCCGACCCCACUCAGGUACCCACUGUGGGUCUCAAGAGAUGUCUCAAAAUGUCCGAUUGGGAAUUUUUUACCAUAGCCCUGGCAAAACGUAUUUAGAUACAUGUAUUGAACAAUCUGGUCAUGCAUACACUGAAGUUGUCUUAAGUUAUAUCUUUAUUCAACCAUAUGAAAAGUCAGAAGGAAUGGGUGCACAGUCAGAGAGUAUGGGAACAUUAGUGACUUGUAGUGUGACCAUAGAGUUCGAGAUAUUUCUUUUGGUCAUUAGACAAGAUAUCGUGUGACUAACCACAGGUCCGGGUAGUCCUGUGGGUACCCGGGUCCUACUCAGUACCCACCCGACCCGUCCCAGCCCUAAUUCUUAUACAGUAUAACAUGGAUAUAACUAACUACAAGGGACCGGAGAAAUCAGUUCGUUAUAUCCGUUGUUUGUUAUAGACGUUUUCGCCCGGAAACGUCCGCCAUCUUGGAUUAAACAAAACACAAUACACGUAACUGCAGCAUUGACUUGUAUUAGCAGUGAUCACUUCAUAGCAUUCAACUGAUAACAUUUCAUAACAUUCAUUUAAGUAUAACAAGGUUGAUCCGUCAGUACUGAUUGUAUUGAUUCGCCGCUGAUUGCGUACAGCUAAUUGUCAGUGACACUUGACACUGAGUGAGAUUUCUCAGUUCGCUAUACACUUCACUAAUUAGUGAUAGAUGGGCUUGUUGGUGAUCAGAUAUCCGUUCGCUGUAUCCGUUAGUUCGCUGUAGAGAGUUUGUUAUAUACGUAAAUUUUAUAUGAUAUCAUGUAGGAGAUAAAUCAGGGAUUUUUUAACAGUUCGUUGUAUCCAUUUGUUCGCUCUAUCCGUGUUCGUUAUAUCCGUGUUCUACUGUACUACUAAUAUUAAAUCUGAGAAGACAUCUGCAAAUGCUUCUUUGCCAUUCCAGUCUAAACUCAGAGACAUCUGUUGUCUUGUAAACAUGUUUUUUUGGUACCAUCUGGCUUUUGACUGUGAGAUGAUGGUCACAUUGAUGGUCACAUUGAUGGUCACAUUGAUAUAUUUAUGCCAUGUGAGUUGGGAGAUGAUCUGUUGUCUGAAGUGGUUGUACACAGUUGUAUUUACUCAGGGAUUCUGUGUUAGUGUUCUUAGUGUGGAUCGUAUGAAAAAAUGUGUUUCAAAUUUUUUUUACUUUCUGUGAGGAAAGGGAACCUGUGCAAUGGAUAUGCAAGAUUUAGUUCAUGUUUAUCUCACCUGACAUGUGGGCUCAUAUCAGCCAAGUAUUUCUGUAAAUUCAUCUACAAAGAUAUGUUGCAGAAUUACACUUUCAGAUUAUAUUUGGUAAUUCAAACAGCAACUGACCGACAAUACAUUAAACAAAAUCAAUUUGAAAUAUAAAUGAAAAGCGUUUUUUUUCAACUACCAGCAAAAAAACAACCCAGUGUUAACAUCACUAAAACCUUCUCUAGAAUAGUCAUUAAUGUUUUUGGUACAUAUGUUAUUUGGAUCUACCAGUUACUCUCCAUGACAGAUCAACAAUCAAAAGGGUAUUUGCUUUUUGCUUUUUUUUAUUAGUAGAGAUGUUUCAUUUGUAUUAUUUGCCUCUAUUGGUUACCUGAUUGGAUUGUUUGCAAUGAAGCCUAACAUCCUGUCAAUACAUUGUGGUGACGGGCAUUGUUUAAUACAUCAUAGACAUUGUAAGAACAAUACAUAAUGGAUUUAUUGUAUAAUGGAUAGUUUUGUGCAUUGUUAUAAUAUGCAAAUGAGGUCAAUUAGCAGGAACUACUAUAUAUGCAUCGGUGUGAUGAAACCAAAGCAAAUAUGGCUGCAAAACAUUUGGCACUACAAUAAAUUGGGCUGUUAACUCAGGCAUUGUAUUCCUACACAGGUUUAAAUUUACUUAAGUGAAUGAAAAUAUGUCUGAAAAACUUUGACUAUUUUUAGGAUGACAUUAAAUGAUAUAUAGAUUAUUACCCAUUGAGUGUUUCUAUAUCAUAAGUACAAUCUCAUUAAAAUAAAAUCAGAUACAAGUUCUCGCUGCCGCUUAGCAAAGAUCUGAGGACAUACCAUUACGGGUUACGUCAGAGCGACCUUUCACGAACUUUGACCGACCACUGAAACGACAAACAAGAAGUCGACAUCAGCCAAUAAGAAAGCAGCUUUCUCUAUAAUACCUAUAUCUCCAUGUGCAGCAUCUUCAACUUGAUUCUUAAACAUGUACUUUCGGUAAUAAUCAUAUAACCUUCUGUGCACAUUAAUUCCAAUGUAGCUAGUUUUCAUGGUUAUUCUCUUUAUUAUGUUAAUGUGGAAGUGCAAUAUAUUUAAACAAAGCUUCUGGAUUGUAGGCCUAACUUAUCAAGACUUCACUAUAAUGUUUACUUUGUCUCUGUCCUCAGGAAGACAUUGUCGAGACUUUCAGUGAAUUUAGGGGGGGCUCAGUCGUAGAACAUGCAGCAAUUUGCAAAAACGUAUGUUUGUGGGUUGCAAUCCAAGGUCAUCCAAAUUAUGUUUGUAGGUUUGUCAGCACCAUACCCAUCCUCAUGGGUUCACCAAUGUUGUAAAUGUCUGAAACCUGCAUUGGGUAACAUGUUUAAUGUGCCUUUCUUCAGGCUUUGCUCACACCUUGAGCUGAUAUGUGAUAUAUCAGAAAUACUGACGAAGUGGCAUCAAACCUUUGGUUCCGGAGGAAACAGUUGACAUAUUGGGACACUACAAUAAAGCUCCCAUCUUCCCUAGGCAGGGGAGUUAACUGACUGUGAAAGUCCAGUUUCCACCCAAGUCAAAGUAGACUGCAAUUAUUGAGUUAUAUUUUGCCUGGAUUAGCAAAUUUAUGCAUUGUCCAAUCAAAAUCGCGUAAUGAAAUUGACAUCCGGUUCGUAAAGUGCCUUGCAGAUUUUGGUCGAUUGCAGGAUGUGCAAAGCAUGUUUUCAUCAAGGUGCUCAUGUGAUUUCAUACACCUCCAAAGUAAGACCCGUUUUAUCACAAUAUACCUUUUGAUUAUUGACAAGAUGGUCUUGACUGGGCGCCGCCAUUUUGUUUGAAGCAAAUACAAGUGAUAUGAGAGACGGAAUCUGAUUGGUCAAUAGUAGGGAUAUAGAAGGGACAUAACUCUUGAUAGACACUAGUCGGGCUACAAUCAAGCUCAGAAAUUCCUGCAUAGUUUAGCAAGGGUGGAAACUGGACUUUUAUUGUCAGUAAACUCCCUUGCCUCGGUAAGAUAUAUGUACAGUUCCAGGACAUGACGUGUUACCAUAUUGUAUGGUAUGUAUCAGUAUAUGUUUAUCAUUGACUGUGUUCAAAUAUGUAUGAUGGGAGAGUGCAACCACAUGUUAAAUACAUGAAAAUUAAAUGGCUGUGUCUAAA